AUGGCAGCUACGCCCAUCGUAGUCGAGGGCAAGAGUGAGGAGGAUAUGGACAUGGACUUGGGGACUGGCGGGACGAGAUCCCAACAAUCGGAUACGAGCAAGAACGAAACUCCGGAAGGUGCACCACCAAUGCCAUCGUCACGGUCACUGGACUCUCUUAUGGGUACACAGGGUGUACUCCCAUCGCAGUCUGAACAGCUCUCAACACUGGCCGUACCAACGCCUACCGAUGGCCAGGGAUCAACACUUCAAGCUUUCACCGCCCCUUCGUUAUCGAUGAAUGCCACCUCGACCUUCUCUCUUGACUUUGUAGCAUCUACCAUCCGGCCAACCCUUACUGUGCAAGCAGAUGCUGUCGCGAUGAACGAGGCCAUGACCAUCCAACCUGCUUCAACUGCAGUCCCAGGCCUUCUAGCGGACUCUUUCGCACAGGAUGAAAUUGCAGCCCUUCCCGGUGUCAACCAAGACGACCCUUCAUUGGGAACAGUACCUGGAAUGAACCAAGUUCUCACUUUUGUCACCGUCACGCGAACAGCAGAAGGCAAAGAAGACAUCCAGCCAUCCACUCAAACUAUACUGGCGCCACAAGCUGUGACUACACGACAAUCCGUAUCCUCGGGGCUUCGCACAUUGUCCCUAGCUUCCGGAUCAGCCAUACCUUCCAGUCUCGCCACCGCCGUUAGUGUCGAGCCGCAGCACGGCUUGACACCCCUUGCAAGGACACUGUUCAUCCUUUUUGGAGUGCUGGGCUUCGUUACGAUCCUUCUCGCCAUCGGUGUAACCUUGAUAAUGCGAUCGAACAGAAGGCGCGCACAAGCAGCCCGACAACAAGCUGCUGGAAGCCCCGUCAAAGACAUCGAAGAAUACGACGGCUACGGAAACAUAACCCGCGUAUCCGCCAACAGCUCAAUCAAAAAUUUCCUAACCGAGCCCGAAAAAGCCAUUGUAAACCGCGCCGCUACGCCAGACGGAGAACCAGACGUAAGCACCCUCCAAUCCCAAACCCAAUACAACGACGCUAACGGUGUUCUUCAGGCAAGCACAAGACCCUCCAACGUCCUCACCGAAGCCAUCAACUCCUUCAUAACCAAAUCGCGUCGCCUGACGUACAAAAUAUCGCCCUGA